AUGUCUAAUAAAAUUCAGCUAAACGAUGAUGCUACUCCGGUAAUCAAUGCAUCUUUAUUACCGAUGCACAUUCAAUACACAGGUCCAGCUAAGACACAAGAUUAUUUCACUCCUUCAAAGAUGAAAGAAACCCACAAUGAUGGUACAGAAAUAGAUAUUGCAUAUUUUAGGGGUUGUAAGCUUGUAGGUAAAACUAUAGAUUUGAAAGCAAAUGAUGUGGGUGGAUAUAUUGUUAAUAGGUCUGAACAUUUAGGUAGAGUUGGGAAUGAGGAUGGUAGUGAAGAUAUUAAAAGUUUUGCUACUUUUACUCCUACUGCAAAGUUUGAUAAAUUGGUGCUAUAUGGACAUGAUACUACAGUUGAGCUGAAUAACCAAUGGGGAUUAAUUCCAGAAUUCCUUGAAGUUAGUAAAAUAAUACACGAAUAG